AUGUCCGACGAAGAAUUGGAUAUCAGUGCUGCACUCAACAACAAACAGACACCAGCCAAAAAAACGCGUAAACGCAAAUCACCUUCGAAAGAAGAAACGGAAAGUCCGGAGAAAAAUGAGUUUCCAUCUGUGUUCGGAGCAAUGGGAACUCCAAUGGCAAAGAUUGAAAACGAGAAAGAAUGGGAUGAAUGGAAGGAGAAAGAGCUGGAGAAAGUGAGAAGACAGUGGAAGAGAUAUUUGAGAUCAAAGUGGGAUCUCGAGAAGGACAAGCUGCCAAAGAAAUCGGAAUCAAGUCAUUUGUUGGGAAGAUACGAGCAUAUGGCAAAUGUCAAAAAAGCUCAGGAGGAAAUUACUGAAGGUUUGGAGGCAAUCAAUGAAAUGAACUUCAACGUGGGAGUAGGAAAAGCUAUCAAUAUCCAGGUCAAUGGAAAAGACGUCCCAAAGAAGAAAACCAAAAAGUUUGCAGCUGCAGUUGAGAAGGCUCUGAAAGAAAUGGGAAAUCCAAAUAUUGAAGAUAUGUUCAACGAUGAUAUGGACGAGGAAGAAGCACGAGCAGAGGCGGAGUAUGAGAGAAAAAGAGCAGCUAAAGCGAUGAAAUUGAGAGAGGAGGAACAUGAAUUCUUCCCAUGGGAAGAGUACACUGAAGAGAUGCAAGACUUGGGAAAGACUGACAAAAUCUCUGAGGAUCACUAUAAGAAGUGGCUUGAGAAGAAGAUUGAGGAAAACAAAGUGAGCCCCAAGUUCAACCGAUACCAAUUAGAUCUCAUUUGUCUCGAUAAAGAUGCCUUCAACAACAAAAAAUCGUUGAAGAGUGUCGUGAAAAGCGUCCAAAACUUCUACAAGAAGAUGCGCAGAUCGAAGAAAGACUGA